AGCAAGUAUAAUUGUGACGCGACGAGUUUUCACUGCGUCGAAAAAUUAAUAUUUAAUGUAGAAAAAGUGUGAAUUUUCUUGGAAAAAUAUUAAAAAAAUAUAGUUCAAUAAACAUUUAAUGCGCAAGUGGUGAAUGUAAGUUGCGAAAAAGUCGAAAAGUGCGUGAAAUUUGGUAGUGAAAAAAUUAGAGUUAGCGGAGCGCUACCUAAAAUUUCCAUGCGUAUAUAUUUCACCAAGGUGGAAGAAGAAGAAUCUAUAAGCAAUUAAAAAGUUAUAUGAGCAUAGAAAAGUAGCACAGAAGAAUAAAGAAAGAAGUGUGCGAGAAGCGAAAGGAGAAGAGGCAGCAAAAGCAACUCGUGAAAAAAGCCAAACAAACGCGCAAGGCGUACGUGCUGCUGCGUGGCGUGUUAGUUUGUAGAAAGCAAUCACGACAAAGGUGCGGGGUAAUAGUCUAAAGAGUCUACUAGCUUCUGCGUUCGAAAAAAAACGUUAAAGAAAUUUUAAAAACUAAUAUAAACUAGUUUUGUGGCAAAGUAUUUGCCAUCUGUACUGUAAUGAGUGUCGCUGCAAUGACUAUGGACGAUCAGAGACCUUUGAUGAACAGUUACGAUAAAAUGUCGAAACAAUAUGAACAAAAUUUGCACGGCAAUACCGGAGUAGGUGGUGGAGGUGGUGGCAUCGGUUUGGGUGCUGCUGGUGCACCACCAUCUGGACCUGCCUCGCCAACGCCAUCCGGUAGCGAAGAGCCGCAGCAUCAAUAUCAUUCACACCAUCAUCACUCACACCACCAUCAUCAUCAUCAUUCGCGGCAUAUGCAUCAACAUGCGACCCAUAUGCUAACGUCGGAACAUCAGCCACCAUCGCCGCCGCCAACUCAGCAACAGCAGCAACAUGUGCACCACCACAAUCAACAUCACCAGACUCAGCAGCAGCAGCAACAACAGCCUGGUACUGUUGCUGAGGCCGUUACUGCUGCCGAACAUCGGCAGCGGUUGCUCGAAGAUGAAAUUGAGAGCCUCAAGCUGGAGCAGGCGCGGCUUUCGCAGCAAUGCGUUGACGCACAGCGGCGAGAAAAAAUACUCAUGCGCCGCUUGGCCAAUAAGGAACAAGAAUUUCAGGAUUAUGUGAGCCAAAUUGCCGAAUAUAAAGCAGCACAAGCACCCACUGCAUUGGCAUUGCGAUCAGCUUUGCUCGAUCCAGCUGUUAACUUACUUUUUGAAAAACUUAAGAAAGAAUUAAAAGCUACCAAGGCAAAGUUGGAGGAAACACAAAACGAGUUGUCCGCUUGGAAAUUCACACCAGACUCGAACACAGGCAAACGUUUGAUAGCGAAGUGUCGUUUGUUGUAUCAGGAAAAUGAGGAGCUGGGUAAAAUGACCUCCAAUGGUCGUUUGGCUAAACUAGAGACUGAAUUGGCAAUGCAAAAAAGCUUCUGCGAGGAAGUAAAGAAGUCACAAUCAGAGGUCGAUGAUUUUCUGCCCGAACUGGACGAGGAUGUCGAAGGUAUGCAAAGCACAAUCUUAUACCUUCAACAAGAACUCAAGACCACCCGCGAUCGCAUACAAACUUUGGAGAAGGAGAACUAUCAGAUAAAAACCGGCACCUUGGACAAUGAAGACACUGUGAAAUCCACAGAUGCAGAAGCCAAUAUUCCAUCGCUGCACAUUGGUUUGAAUGGCGUUGUGGUUCCCAGCAAUUUGCCGAUCAACGCUGCCGAAACCUGUGCCAUACCCUAUAACAGUGCUGUCACAAACAAUACCAACACGGAAAAUAUCCUACCGCAAAUGCACAAUAUUCUUACACACACCAACGAUAUAAAAUUCGUGGCUGCGCGUCCAUUGGAAACGAUCGAUGAGAAUGCUUGUCUACGCAAUUAUGCACCACCACCUAAUGAGUACUACAACGGGAUCGAGGGAACAUCCCUGCCCCAGCAACAUGGCCAAAUCACGGGAGAUGUUGAUGCCACUAGCACUUUGAAUCCGUUCAAUGCCGCCACACCUACAGUAACAGGUGGCGCCUUGUUGCGAACUGUGGCUGCGCGCAAACGUAAUUUUGAGUGCAUUGAUCCGAAUGAAAGUCCAGUUAUUGCAAUAGUUGCGGCGCCUGCUACACCAACGCAUGUAACCGCACCACGCACUCUGCCACCGAAGAAGUCUAAGCUGCGACGCUCCUCCAUACAAACCAAUGAAAUAAAUGAAUAUGACGCCAGUAAUGGUAUUGCAGGCAAUGCACAAUUGCUAGGUACAGGCGGAAUAGGUGCCAUCGCACCAAUUGAUCCUUUGAGUAUCGUUGAUAAUGCGGUUGUUGGCAUGGCAAAUGAGGAGCAUCCAAGUGGCAUGGCGAUCGAUGAAUCGGCCAUGGAUAGUAACACCAGUGGAGUUGCGCUACGCAUAAUGACGCGAAGACGUUCUGUACGCCAACAGCAAAAUGGUAAUAUUGGUGGCGAUAGUAAUCACUAAACGUGAAAUUGCAAAACGCUGGAAGAAAUAGCACUAAUUUAUAUAUACACACAUACAUGUAUAUAUAAUAAUAUAUAAUUGUCGUUUUAAAUUCUACUGAAAUGAAAUGCUAUAGUGUUUUAACAAAAGAUAUAAGCAGAAUUUAAUGAUGCUAAGGGAAAAUCCAACAAUAACUGAGAAACAAAUAACGAAAAUAAGAAACAAAUUAAAUAGCUAUGCAGCAAAAUAGUAAAUAAAUAAUCAGCAAUUAGUUAAUAAAAUAUUACACGUGUGUACUUUAUGGAGAAAACUGUACACUGCAAAGAAGUGUAUGUGUUGAUGAUGAAGAAUGCGCUUUUUGUUUGGUUUACAAAGCUACUACAUACAUUUUAAAUUAGUAGCAAUGUGCAAAUAAUUUUUUAAAAUUUGUUUAAGUUUAUGCACUGUUUUAUUAAUUUUAUUAGCAGCUAUGUGUAAUAAAAAUAAAAAAAGUAAAAUGAUUGAAAAUAACCGAUGAAAUUGAUGAUGUACUUUUGCUCUGCAUAUUAUUUUUAUUUUAUUUUAAUUUCUUUAUUAAUGUGGUUCAAAAGGCCGAGAUUUUUUUUAGUGAGAUUACAGCGAUAGUUGCAUUAAGUUUUCGAUGAAGAACAAGCUAAAAAUAUAGACAUAUAAUUAAUUUGUUUAAAUUAAGUGAAUAAAUAAUCAGGUUUAAUACAAAAUAA